AUGGCUUUGGUUGCUCCCACUGUUGCUCAAUUCAAAUGGAUCAUUGACGUCGCAAGAGAAUUAAUUCGUUUAAGACGUGAUAAUCAUGACGAUUUUGAGUUUGUUCCAAACAAUCAUCAUGAAAGAAUAUGGAGAAUCAUAUCCAAUCGAUUGUUUAUUAAUAGAGGGUUUGUCGCUUUUCCCUCUCAAUGUCGAAGAAAAUGGUACUCAUUAAAAUAUGG